CGUCACUUCCACGAAAAAUGUAUAUACACAACUACUUUGCCCAGUGUCGGGCUAGCUAACUUAGUAAAGCAAAACAACCCCAGUCGUCGUCAGAAUCAGGCUUCGGCCAGACGACGUUAGCGUCGUGUUUCCACAGGUUGUUCUGGAAGCUUUAUGAGUGAAGGAAGGUGUUGGAUUAAUGGUUGACCUGUUCUAGUUGGAGGCUCUGUGGUCAAACAUCUCAGGGAGGAGGAGAUGCAUCGUGUUCUGUCCCAGGGUGCAUUGCGGCAGAUGGCCUACGUGCGGUCUGUGGUCGUGGGCCUGUCGGUGUGUGAGGCUCGCCUGGCCGUGUCGGUGUGUGUUGUAGGCCGCUUGCCCCCCGGGCCUGGCCAGCGCUGGGUCAGUACCUCAGCCUUUAACAGGGCAGUAGAACAGCCCAAGCUCCGGCCGGAGGACCAGGACCCACCCAGCCAUCCCCCCAGCCUGGCUGGAACAGAGCCCGUCUAUGGGGCAGACUCCUCCAAGCUGCCUGUGGAGGCCCCACCGGAGGCCCCAGAGAUAGACCCUCUGCAGGACAAGUCCAUUGGUCUGGUCCAGAGGUUCAAGAAGACCUUUAAGCAGUAUGGGAAGGUGAUGAUACCUGUCCAUCUCCUGACCUCCAGCGUCUGGUUCGGGACCUUCUACUACGCUGCUAUGCA